CUGCCGUUAUUCUUCGGAGAACCGAAGGCCGCGGAACCCUCGGCUGAUCGAACAAUACCCAAUCUGUCUGGCGGAUAAGAGGACAGAAAGAAAGAGGAAGAAGAAGAUGGCCCGCCCGCUUCUCUCUCACUUCGGCACUCUCUCCAACGCUUCCCCACGAUUCUUCUACUCUUCACUGUCAUGCUGUGUGGACGCAAGUAGAUUGUUAAGAAACCGUGGAGCAGCUUGUCAUUGUUGCCUCCCAGUUGGGCGCCGAGCAGCUGCGCGUUAUUCCCGGUGCUUUUGCAGCCUCUCAGUACCGGAAGCCACCGCCAAAGAGGCUUCUCCGAGCUCUGUAAAGAAGAGGAUAGUUUCUGGAGUUCAACCAACAGGGUCUAUACACCUUGGCAAUUAUCUUGGUGCCAUAAAGAAUUGGGUCGCAUUACAGGAUUCAUAUGAUACUCUCUUCUUCAUUGUUGACCUGCAUGCGAUAACCCUACCAUAUGAUGCACAAGAAUUAUCUAGAGCGACAAAAGCUACAGCUGCCAUUUAUAUGGCAUGCGGCAUUGACACCUCCAAGGCUGCUGUCUUUGUGCAAUCUCAUGUUCGUGCUCAUGUAGAAUUGAUGUGGCUGCUGAGUUCUGCUACCCCAAUUGGUUGGUUGAAUAGGAUGAUUCAAUUUAAAGAGAAAUCUCGCAAAACGGGGGAUGAAAAUGUUGGUGUUGCUCUUCUGACAUACCCUGUCUUGAUGGCUUCUGAUAUUCUUUUGUAUCAGUCUGACUUUGUCCCAGUUGGUGAGGAUCAGAAGCAACACCUAGAGUUGACUCGAGAGCUGGCUGAGCGCAUUAAUAAUUUAUAUGGAGGGAGAAAGUGGAAGAAACUGGGAGGGCGAGGCGGUGCAAUCUUUAAGGUUCCUGAACCCCUUAUUCCACCUGCUGGAGCCCGUGUGAUGUCCCUCACUGAUGGUCUCUCAAAGAUGUCCAAGUCUGCACCUUCUGAUCAGUCUCGGAUUAAUUUACUUGAUCCAAAAGAUGUAAUAGCAAACAAGAUAAAACGAUGCAAGACUGACUCAUUUUCGGGCCUGGAAUUUGACAAUCCUGACAGACCCGAAUGCAACAACCUACUUUCUGUAUACCAGCUGGUUACAGGAAGAACAAAGCAGGAAGUUGCACAAGAAUGCCAAGAUAUGAACUGGGGUGUAUUCAAGAAACUUCUUACUGAUGCUUUGAUUGAUCAUCUGCAUCCUAUCCAGGCUCGCUACGAGCAGAUUAUGUCUGAUACAGCGUACUUGGAUAGCGUUUUGGCAGAAGGCGCCAGAAAAGCUGCAGAUAAAGCAGAUGUUACUCUUGCUAAUGUCUACCAGGCAAUGGGAUUCUUGAGGAGAUGAGUGGAUUCCAUGCUGCAAGAGAAACUAGAGUGAAAAGUCUCUUAAGAUCCCAGCUUCCCUUGGAUGAUUUUAUCAAUUCCUGGAAUUUUUGAAUGAUGUACAAAGAGCACAUUCUUCAUGGGCAAAGAGGGGCAAGUUUUCAGACAGACCAACAUCUUGUGAUGAGUGACACUAACACCUACCUUUCGGAUUCGAUUUAUUCUGAGAUUCCUUCAUGUUUAGUUGAGUUGGUGGAUUGAAAUCAUUUAGAUCUGAAUAAUCAAGUUGGUCCCAAGAUAAAUUAUUGAUUUAUCUAUUUGUUUGUGUACAACCAUUUUUAAUUUUCUCUUCUUUUGGAUUAAUCAACCAUGUUUUCUCCAUGGAUAUUUUGAUUGUUACAGCUGCUUCAGUAUAACCUACUAGGCCAUAUGUGAACAAGGCAUUCACAAUGAUCCAAGUAUGGCCUACUGGACGUAAAUA